CUAACGUCACACGGGCGCUGGAACUCCACUAAGUAGUGGUGAUGUUGUGGUUGUCCAUGCCGCUAACACCUCUCUGCGCGUUAUCUUGCACAGAAGAACCAAUGUGAGAGCUCACCACGCAUGGAGUUGACCUCGGACCGUGUGGUGGCAACACUUGAGAUGUCGCAAAUCAAAAGCGAAGACGAUGAGCCUUUUAACAGUGACGGUGACUACGAGAGCUUGCCACCUCAUGUCUCAGUGGCGACCCACAUGACAGCGGGAGCUGUGGCUGGCAUACUGGAGCACACGGUGAUGUACCCCGUGGACUCUGUCAAGACGAGGAUGCAGAGCCUGCAACCAGACCCGAAUGCACAGUACAGGAGUGUGUAUGAGGCUCUGAAAAGGAUCAUCCAGACAGAGGGGAUCUUCAGACCGCUGAGGGGCCUCAACAUCACCAUGAUGGGAGCGGGACCUGCCCAUGCGCUCUACUUCGCCUGCUAUGAGCGGGUCAAACGGUCACUAAGUGACGUCAUUCAGAGUGGAGGCAACAGCCAUUUAGCCAAUGGUAUGGCAGGUAGUGUGGCCACUGUUCUCCAUGAUGCAGUCAUGAACCCAGCUGAAGUGGUAAAGCAGAGGAUGCAAAUGUACAACUCUCCAUAUCGAGGACUUUUGGACUGUGUUCGGACAGUAACGCGUACUGAAGGCAUUGGGGCCUUCUACCGCAGCUACAGCACACAGCUGACCAUGAACAUCCCCUUCCAGGCCGUUCACUUCAUCACCUACGAGCUGAUGCAGGAACAGUUAAACCCCCAGAGACAUUACAACCCUGGCAGCCACAUAGUGUCGGGAGCAGCAGCGGGAGCUGUUUCCGCAGCAAUAACCACUCCACUUGACGUGUGUAAAACGCUGCUCAACACACAAGAGAAUGUAGCGCUCAACUCCAUGAACAUCAGCGGCCACUUAACAGGAAUGGCUAAUGCCUUCAGGACAGUCUACCGGCUUGGCGGUCUGGCUGCCUUCUUUAAAGGUGUCCAAGCAAGGAUUAUAUACCAGAUGCCCUCCACUGCCAUUGCCUGGUCAGUGUACGAGUUCUUCAAGUACUUCCUGACGAAGCAGCAACUGGAACAAGAGGCAGGACCUGGCCCGCUGUAAUGGAAACUGUGUUGGAGCAACUGACACCUAGACUGAUGAAAGAAAGCUCCAACCUGACGGUGUGCGAGCUCAAUGUGUUUUUUCCAUUGUUAAAAUAACAUCAGUUAUUGAGUAACCCAGAAGUCAUCGUGGUAGAGGUGUGGCAGAGAAGGGCACUUCUUGCUACUCAUUUACCUAAGUUUGUGUGUGUUUUUGAGUUGGGAUUAUAUUGCACAGUAAUAUAAUAUGCAGACAGAUGACCUCAUAAAAGUGUGUGUGUGUGUGUG